AUGACGGACCAGAGUGAACCUGAGAUUAUCCUGUACGAUUUGGGGUCUCUCCAGAACGAGCCUUUCUCUCCCUUGGCCUGGCGCAUCCGCCUGAUGCUCAACUAUAAGGGCAUACCAUACAAGACCGUCUUCCUUGAGUUCCCAGAUAUUGAGCCUACACUGAAGGGAUUCGGCAUACCGCCACACGAAUCGUCAUAUGCCGACUACACUGUGCCGGCGAUCCACCACCUACCAACAAACACGUACUUGAUGGACUCGCCAGCCAUCUCCGAGUUCAUCGAGUCAAAGUACCCGCACCCGCCAGUGCCCCUCACAUCUGAGCUUGGGAUUAAGAUCCAGGAGAAAUUCCGCGACGUGAUCAAUCCGAUCUUCCGCAUUUCGGUCAUGCCCAGCGUCUAUCACAUCAUAUCGCCGCGGGCUCAGAUCUAUUUCAGGAAAAGCCGUGAAACCCUUACCGGAUUGACCUUGGAGGAAUUAGAUGACCCCGUAAAGGCGGAGCAGGCCUGGAAGUCGGCGCAUGGUGACCUGAGUCAACUUAGCGAUUGGACACUCACGCACAAGGAUGACGGGCCAUUUGUGCUGGGUGCCCAGGUGAGCUAUACAGAUUUCUGGAUCAUCGGUAUGCUUGAGUGGGCUAGAGUUGCGAAUCGGGCAGCAUUUGACAAGGUAAUGGCGUAUCCUGGCGUUAAGCGGAUUCACGAGGCGUGCCAGCCGUACAUGAAGAAGAGGGAUUAG